AUGCACCUAAAACAGCAGAUAUGCACAGGAGAUAAAGGAGUCACAAAUCCGCAAGAGAGCCCAAACAUGUUUUCAGGUGAUGAACGCAGCGGGGGUGGACGUACAUUCCUCCAACGUAAAGCACGAAAAGAUGGUUCCAAGUUCACGGAGAGCGAAGGUUUUCCACACUACUCAAUAGUUAUCAUUUGUCUCGGACUGCUGAGCACUGUUCUGCUGAUUAUUGCAAUUGUUAUUGGGGUCUACUGUGGCAAAUUUAACGCAGAGUAUGUUCCCCCGCAUCAAAACACAAUCAAGCUCAUUAACAAGUUGAAGGAAUUUCAAGAGAAUCAUAACGAGAUGGUAAAAGCUGAGGAUGAAGCCCAGAGAGCAUUAGCACGAGAGCUUGCCAAGCGUCAGGAAAUGAGGCUGCAGAUAGAGGAGCAGAAGUCCCUCAAUGAUGUCCUCCAGAGCCAGAUCGAGAGCCUGCGAGAGGAAAGGAGAAAUCUGCGGAUCAAAAAAUCAGAUGCUCAGGGAAACUGUGGCCUUUGCCAGUCUGGGUGGGUCUUUCUAAACUCAUCCUGCUACUUCUACGCCAACUCUGAGUCCUUUCCUAAGAAGAAUUGGUACCACAGCAGGGCGGAUUGUAUCAGCCGUGGAGGAGACCUGGUUGUGAUAGAUAACUGGGAGGAGCAGGAACUUCUGUUUGAUUUCUUACCAAAGGUUGGUUCUUCCAGUAAGGCAUGGUGGGCCAUGGAAAGGGGCAUCUGGAUUGGUUUAACAGAUAUCCAGACAGAGGGAACAUGGGUAUGGGUAAAUAAUGUGACCCAACAGAGUGAAGGGUACUGGAUACCAGGGGAGCCUAAUAAUCAUGGAACUGAGGGUGAGGACUGUGUGGAAAUUUUCAACAGGGGCAACCCCCGAAAAACAUGGUUUGAUGGCAAGUGCCAAACCCAUUAUAGCGAGUGGUUAUGUGAAAUGAAACCCAGAUUGUCUUGGAGAGGUUUGUCGACUUUCCAACACUACCGUGUGGUCAUCCUGUGUUUGGCACUGUUGGACAUUAUCCUGCUGGUAGCUGCUGUUGCUAUUGGGAUUUGCUGUGUCAAAGCCACUGAGGGAUACGUCACCCUCUCACAAGAUUCAGUAGCUGCCUAUACUGUGGAGAUCAGCUUUCUUCAAGGCAACCACAGUAAUGUGAUCAAGAGUAAAGAGGAGGCCCAGCGAGAGGCCAAGAAAGAGCUCGCCAGCCAUCAGGAACUGAAGCUGCAGCUCAAGGAGCGGAAGGCCCUCAACGAUGGCCUACAGAGCCAGAUUGAGGGACUUCGGCUCGAGCAGCAGUAUAUCAAAUCCAAUAAUACUGCCUUGGUUACUGGAUUGAAGGGGAACCGAACAACCAUGGACAACAGGGUGAGAACUGUGCAGCUUUAUACAGCAGGGGCGAUCCCAGGCACACCUGGUAUGAUGGAAAGUGCAACCAUCAUAGUUAUCAGUGACCGCUGCUGCUUUACAACGCCGUGUCUGGCUGAGAACAUGAACGGUCGAGGCCUUUCUGUCACAGUCUCGAUCUCCGCGGUGAGAGCCGGCCCGCGCUGGAGACACGGCAGACUGGCGGUAAGGUGUCUGGGGCUGCUGAGUGCUCUGCUGCUUGUGGUCGAUAUCGGCCUGGGGGCCCAUUACAACGGACUCGGCGAGAAUCAUAACGCAACGCACAUCGGCGACGAGAUAACCCGAAUCCAAGCUAAAUACGCGGCUGCACGUCGAAGCAGAGACGAAGCCAAGAGACAGCUGGCCAGGGAGGUCAGCCAGCAGGAGACCCACACGCAAGAGCUUCAGCACCAGAGGAGACGGAACGCGGACUAUGAAGUGCAGCUGAAACUCAUUGAGGAUGAGAAGGCAGUAUUGCAUUCACAAAUCACUCUUGCCGAGGAGAGCUGUAAAUACUGCUUAUCCAGAUGGAUUCUUCUCAACUCAAAGUGCUACUACUUCCCAUUCUUGGAAACCUCUCGGAAGGACUCGUGGUACAACGCGAGAGAUAACUGCAUAAAGAAAGGAGCGGACUUGGCAAUCAUAGACAGUAGACAGAAACAGAUGUCAAUAACCAAGCUGAUAAACGACGACCAGGUCUAUUCCAGAGCUGGAGCUUGGGACGGCUUCUGGAUCGGCCUGAGAGAUGAACAGAGAACAUGGACAUGGCUGACUGGGAAGGCCGUGAGUGAGACGUACUGGAUUCCUGGAGAGCCUAAUAAUAAAGGCCAUGAGAACUGCGCAGCGACCUACGCCAGGGACAACCCCCUGGAAACCUGGAACAAUGCACCUUACUCUCAGCUGUACACCCUCACAGAAACAGACAAAAUGGAGAACACAGAUAAUACCGAUGGCAGUUCCAGUGGUGCAUAUGACAAAUUGAUUUACCAGGAUGAAUGCAGGAUUGAAGAACACUCUUUCCGUAACAACCAAGACCAGCUACAAGUGUCUGUGAUGGGGCCGGGGCCCAGCCUGAGGUAUUACCGAUUGGCUGUGGUGUGUCUGGGGCUGCUUGGCGCUCUUCUCCUAGUGAUUGAUAUUGGCCUGGGGAUCUACUAUAAGAAGCUCAGUGAUGGGAACCUUGAAGGUAAUGGUGCAUCACAUAUAGGCAAUGAGUUGACUAUUCUCCUAGAUACAUACAAGAACGCAAUUCAGGCCAGAGAUGAAGCCAAGAAGCAGUUGGCAACUGAGAUCUCUGAAAAGCAACUGACCAGUUGGGAACUUGACCACCAGCGUACAAGGAGCAAGGACUACAGCUUGCAAAUUGAAAAGAUUCAGCAAGAAAACGCUUUAGCUCUAGCCAGCCUUCUUCUGAUCAAGGAUGGCUGCAAACAUUGUUCCUCGGGAUGGUUACUCUUGAACUCAAAGUGCUACUACUUACCGCUCACUGAAAAUUUUAGACGGACAUCAUGGCAAAGGGCCAGAGAAAUGUGCCAGAGGAGAGGAGCUGACUUGGUAGUCAUAGACAGCUUGAAAAAGCAGCUGUCAUUAAGCAAGGUGAUAUAUGAUAAUCGGGACCCCUCGAUGCCCAUACAUCAGACUGGCUUUUGGAUUGGACUGAGAGAUGUCCAAGAAGAAGGGACCUGGAGAUGGUUGGAUGGAACCACAAUGAUUGAGGGGUAUUGGAACGAAGGAGAACCAAAUGAUUAUGAUGGUGGGGAAGACUGUGCAGCCAUCUAUCCACGGGAAAACCCCUUUCAUGCGUGGAAUGACGCCCCAUGCACACAUCCACUCAGGUGGAUUUGUGAAAUGUCACCAAGACCAACGACUUAA